CAAAAUGGACGGCAUUUGUUUGUGUACGUCGGUCGCGGCACAACGUCGUUUCGCUUGCUGCUCGUGUCACAACGGUGAAUUUUACCAAGAAGAGUUUUCAAUCUGCACUCCAAUCCGCGCUCCAGGUGAAAGAAGGUUGCCUGAAAUUCGGGCAGCACGGAAGUUUGUCUCACCGUUCAACACUCACGGACGUGAGGGCGUUAUUUUUUUUUGCUAAAAGUGCGUUAAUUUCUGCAUGAGAAAUUGUAAAGUACAGUUAUUCGGUGGAUUUUGCGGCAGCCUGUAUGUGUGUGUGAAGUGUGUAUGAGCGAGCGAGAAGCAGAGUGGUGGUGUGGUUGAAUUUUCAAUAACGGAUCGCGCAAGGAGGCAAUUUAAAGGUGCGAAAAAUCAAAACCGCGAUUGAAAGAAAGUAAAAAAAAUUAAAGGUGUAAAUUGUACAGUCUCACAAGCUGUGCCAAAACAAAAAGGUAGCCCUUACCGUCGGCUCGAUUGCUGUGUGGCGUUUUUCGGUGGUUAAAGUUAAAUUGAAGAAGUUUAAGCUUUUUUGUUUAUGCUGUGAAAAGUGAAGCUAAAAACAAAGGAAAACAAGCAUUUUAUACGAACGAGAAAGUUUGCAUUUUGGUACGAUCAAACAGAAGCGGAAAUUCAAUUGUCCCGUCGGCAAAUUGAGCGUCCUAUCAAAAUUGGGAAAACAAAUAAUGAAAGUGUUUGGUGGUGUUUUUUAAUUUAACUAAAACAAGUUAAAACCCGUUUUUACACCUCAAUUUAUUGAUGCAUUUCAUCUACGAAAGCAAAGUGUCGUUGUAUGCGUGUGCGUUUAAAUGUCCAACUACCGACGGCAACUGGGAAGAAAGUCAACACGAAGUAAACGUGUAAGUUAGAAGCGGGUAAAUACGGUGGCGUGAAAAACAGAGAAAUAGGAAAUUGUUCCCAAAACUCCUCCAGCGAUGGAUAGUUUUCGUGCGACGGCAAGCGAAGUUACCGACGGGAUGAUAUAAACGAUGACACCGCAGGCCAAAAACAGGUUCUCGUGAGCUCGCCAACGCUCCAAAACGGUGCGAUUUUCCCUCCGGCUGGGCGAGCCUUUUUGAAUAAGUCGUUGUGAGGGUCAGUGCUGCCGGAGUCGGUUGAAAAGCGAAGAGGAAAAGUGUCGUUUGUUUGUUGGUUGGUUGCUGGAAAAGUACAAGCGAGUUUCCCCGUGGGGAAGGAAAUAGUGUCGCGCAGACAGAGAAGAAGAGAGGCGGAAGCGUUGGGCAGUUUUUGGAAAAAUCAAACAUUACACGCACAGCGUUAAACUCCGUCACAAUAUGUCGGUGCAGGCAAAGAGGCAACACUGCUACCUGUGCGAUCUGCCCCGGAUGCCGUGGGCCAUGAUACACGACUUUUCCGAGGCGGUGUGCCGCGGGUGCGUCAACUACGAGGGGGCCGACCGGAUCGAGCUCGUGCUGGACACGGCCCGCCAGAUGAAGCGCAUCCAUUCGGCCGCCAGCGGUGGCGGGGCGGGCGGUGGCAGCGGCGGCGUUGGCGUUGGCGCUGGCAGCAGCAGCGGCAAGCGGGGCCACGAGAACGGCGAACUGUCACACCGGUCCGUGCCGACGGCCGCCGGUCCCCAUCACUACUCCGUCCGGACCGGGCCGAACGGGUCGACGCUGGUCGAUUUCGCGCCCAAGCACGAUCCGCACGACAUUGCGAGCGUGCGGGCGGGCGCCCGGAUGCAGCAGCACAUGCCGCCGCACCACAUGGCACCGCACGGUGCCGGCCGGCAGCAGGUACCGCCGGCCCUGUCCGUCAAUCUGAAGCGCCCGCCGCCGGACGACGACGACCAUCAGAUGGAGGGCCCGACGGGCAGUGCGAAGCGCGGUGCCGGGGACGAUCCGACCGUGGCCAUUCAGCGGCCACCGCUGACGCGGGGCGAAUCGCUACCGGCCGUCCCGUUCGUGCCGGACCGUCAGCCAACGUACAAGGAUAAGCACCCGUUGCGGACCGGGUCGUUCGAUACAUUCAAGCCGCUUGACCAGAAACAACAAAAUGUGGGGAUUUUUGUGAACGCCCCAGUAAUGCCCCGAGUCUAUCCGAACGUGAUACCGAUCGCGCCCGCAUCGAUGGGUGGCGGUGGCGGCGGCGGCGGCGGAGGGGUUGGCGGUGGCGGCAGUGGCGGCGAUGGCACGCCACCGGCCCCGUCCGUCGCGCCGUUGCAAAGCCCGAUGGCGAACCUAAUGUCGAUCACCGAAACCCUACCGCCCGGCAGCCCCCGGAAUGGGCCAAGCCCGCCGGGUCCGCCGCCACCGCGGACAGCUUCCCGUGGCUCACAGCACUCGCCGAACAGUUCCGGCUCCUCCAGUGGACGAAGAUCUUCCGGCUCUAGGCACGUGUCCAGCACGACCGUUACCUCGUCGGAAGCGCAGCAACCGAACUCGUCCCUGCCGGGCAGCGGCGGAUCGACGACACCGAACGGUGGGAGCGCGGGCGGCCCGAACGGAGGCAACGCGGGCACCCCGCCCGUACCGAUGGGUCCGCUCGGCCCCGGUCAGCAAAUGUCCCAGCAAGUACCUCCACCACCGCCCCAGUCCCAGUCGCAAUCGCAACCGGGCGGACCGCCGGACGGUGUCCCUCCCGGUCUCGGUGGCGGCAGUGCCGGUCCCGGUCCGAACCCGGCCGGUCCAAAUGCAAGCCCCGCACCGCCCGGUAGCGCCGGACCACCCGGCAGCGGUAACGGUGGACCACCGGGCAGUGGUGGAGCGGGAGGGCCGCCCGGAGGCCCCGGUGGGCUCCCGCCGCCGCCGCCCGGCUCGGGAGCGACCAAUGCACCACCGGGCACGGGUGGACCGCCCCCGGCACCGGCCCCGAACCCGACGCUCAAGUGCACCCUGUGCCAGGAGCGGCUCGAGGAUACGCACUUCGUGCAGUGUCCGUCGGUUGGACACCACAAGUUCUGCUUCCCCUGCAGCCGGGAGAGCAUCAAGCGACAGGGCUCCGGUGCGGAAGUGUAUUGUCCGAGUGGGGAAAAGUGUCCGCUCGCCAACUCGACGAUACCGUGGGCGUUCAUGCAGGGCGAAAUUGCGACCAUUCUGGGCGAAGAGCUGAAGGUAAAGAAGGAGCGCGAAACGUAGAGAAGUCGGUACACCGUUGCCAACAGUGUCGCUGUUCCGGCGUGCACGGGAAGAUACACCACAAACACCAACGCCACCACGCCCACCAACACAAAUGGUGGUGGCAGUAGGAGCAGGAGCAGCAGCAGCAGCGGCGGCGGCGGCGGUGGCGGCGGUUCCAUGUCCGUGGAAGGUGAACCGGUGCCAUCGGUUGCGGUGGGCCCGGCUGGCCGCUAUCACCCAUCGGUCGAUGAUGCGUACGAUGACGACGACGACGAGGAUGAGGACGAUGAGGACGCGGUGCGCAUUUGCGAGGACGAUGAUGGAGCGGAUGUGCGAAGCAUCGUGCGUGAAGAUAGGGAAUCACCGGGCGAAGAUCCGGACCUUGCUUACCAGCGUCCGAUAGCCGCUGGUGGCUACUCUGGUGGCGGAAGGGCCGAUAACGACCAUCCGGCGGUACGAUCACAUCCGAUCGAAACUGCUCAGCAGCGGCAGCAGCAGCAAUCAUGGGAAACGGAUUUCUAUCAACAAUCGCCGCAACCACACCCGCCCUCGAUUCCCCAGCAACGCUACGAUCGUCAGCUCCGAUCGCAUCGACAUCUGCGCCAUCAACACCAUCACCAGCAGCACCAGCAGCAGCAGCAUCAUCGUUGAAACCGUGCUGCCCGUCGACGGUGCGUUCCUUCACUUGUGAUGUGAUGUGUGCCCCGGCCGGUUGAUGAUGAUGAUGACUUCACCCGGGCACCAAGGCCUACAGUGCUAAAUUAUGUUGGACAACGGAAUGUGUGCAAACAAGGCAAACGAGACAAGCGCGGUGGCACAAUGUUGCACGGAAGCGUAUUUGUUCGCUUGGUUUUAUAAAAACCGAACGCAAACGAGCACCUUCCACACACACACACGCGCGCAACACGCUGUGUUGGAGAUUGUAGAUAGAGUGGUUUGGAGAAGGAUGUACGCUCCGCCCAGCGCUGGCGGAGCAGAAAUCUUUUUGGUAGUUUUUAAUGGAACUCGUUUUUAAAUUGUUCUGUGGGCGUACGCGCACUCACACAAAAAAACAUAACCCCACGGAGAGAAGAACGUUGGUGAGGAGGGAGGGGGGGUACGUAGGAUCCGGGAAUUGAGGAUCGAAAUUUGUACAUAGAUUUUUGAACAUUUGGAACUACACGCACAUCAAGUACGUGCGUGUGUGUUUGUGUAUAGUAUCCGAUCGACUGAUCGAUUGAUCGAUCGGUCUCGAUGAAGUUAGUAGGGAUUAUAAGGAUGCUCCGUUUCACAACUGCGUUUGGAUAGCAAUUAACAGUAACAAUCAACCGGAAUAGAGAGCACGUUUCUUUCCGCUCAACAACAACAACAACAACAACAGCACCAAC